CUUCCGAAAUGCAAAGCAGCAAACCUCAGUUAAACGCCAAAAUACCACACGUACCUUUGAAGCGGUGAAAGUAAACGCGAUUCUUCCCCCCGUCCCGUUUCCCCAAAUUUUUUUCAAAACCCCAAAAUUCCCAAAAAAAGCCAAAAAAGAAAAUUAAAAACGCAAAUUGAAAAAAGAAAAAGAAAGAAAAUUCCGUUCCCCUCCCCCGCGACACACACACACUCAAAAAAUCCCAUUUUUCAAUUUUUUAGGGUUUAGAAUUAAUUCAUGUCAAAUUUUUUGGAGCCCAAGUGAUUCCAAUUUUUCAAUUGAAUUGCAAUGGACGAAGUAGGCGGAGGGGGUGGCAGCGCCGGCGGAGCCGGAGGAAGUGAAUCGGGCGGUGGUGGUGGCGGUGGUGGGAGGAGUGGCACGACGUCGGUUGAGGUCGGCGGUGAACGGCUGAGGUUUAGAGUAGAAUUAAGGCCCGGCGAAACGACAAUCGUUUCAUGGAAGAAGCUUCUCAAGGACGCCAACGCCCACGGCCACGGCGCUGCCGCAGCCGCCGCCGCUAUGGGUUCUAGUAGUACUGCAGCUGGAGCUUCUGCCUCGGCUUCGAAGCCAAAUGGACCUGGGCCCGGCCCGGACCCGGCUGCUCCUUCGUCUUUUUCGACUCAGGUCAACAAUCAUGAUAAUAUUCCUGGUCCUCCUCCUCCUCCUCAUCCUCCUUCCAUGGACCCCCGGUUGGCUCCGGUUAGUUUUUCUGGGGGGCAAGUUGGGGAAAAGGGAGAGACAGAUGCACCGCAACCGCCCAAUCGGUUGAAUACAGUAAUUGAAAGAAUUGAACGGUUAUAUGUGGGGAGAGCUAGUAGUGAUGAGGAGGAUCUGAACGAUGUUGUGCCGGAUGACGAUGAGUAUGAUACUGAAGAUUCUUUCAUAGAUGAUACUGAGUUGGAUGAAUACUUUCAGGUUGAUAAUUCAGCAAUAAAACAUGAUGGUUUUUUUGUCAACCGGGGAAAGUUGGAGAGAGUUGAACCAAGCAUGUUGCCAAAUGAGCAGCCGAAGAAAAGGAGAAGAAAAGAUGGAAAAGGUCUUGAUGGCAGUGAUGAUGCUCUUAAUCCGGGUAAACAUCUAAAAGCUGGAAAGAAGGCUGGAAAACCAGUGCCAAUGUUUGGGAGGAAUGCAUCUGGUCUUCCUACCGUUAUAGCUCUACCUAAUGUGCAUGGUGAGGAUCUAAAAUUUCAGAAUCAGGUGAACGCUUUGGAAGUUUCUUCAAAAAAGAGAUCUCAUGAUUCUGGAGAACAACCUCCAUUAGGAGUAAUGAAUGGAGAUGCUGUGACGCUGGGGAAGGUUGCUGAACAACAGAAGCUUGGAACUCACCUGGCCAACAAUCAGGGUAACCAAAUGAAAGAGGGUUGUGAAUAUUCUGAUACUUCAAAUCAAAGAUCACAGGAGAAAACUUCCUAUUCUCAAAGUAAACCUCUGCCAGGUAAAGCUUUAAACAAUGCUGCGCUGGAUCAAUCUAUUCCACAGAAAGAAAAAAGUGGUAUUCGUGAAAGGUCUGAAGUUGGUGUUGCUGAUAGUAAGAACUCCAUGCAGAAUGUGAGAGUUUCGUACAUGCAGAAGAGGGAAGGUUCCAGUGCUAGACCUAAAAGUACAUUGCUUGAGAAGGCUAUUAGGGACUUGGAGAAGAUAGUCGCAGAAUCUAGACCCCCCACAGCAGAGGCUCAGGAUGCAGAUAAUUCAUCUCAGGGAGUCAAAAGGAGAUUGCCACCUGAAAUAAAGCAGAAGCUUGCUAAAGUUGCCAGAUUAGCGCAGGCGAGCCAUGGAAAAAUAUCCAAAGAGCUGGUUAACCGUUUGAUGAGUAUUGUUGGCCAUUUAAUUCAGCUUAGGACACUAAAGAGAAAUUUAAAGAUCAUGGUUAGUAUGGGAUUAUCAGCAAAGCAAGAGAAAGACAAUAGGGUGCAGCUGGUGAAGAAGGAAGUUGCAGAGAUGAUUAAGAUGCGGAUUCCUUUCAUGAAGUCCAAGGCAGCUGAGCAACAAGCUGGAACUUCUGAUGAUUUCCAAGAAAUUAGUGCUGAGGAGAAAGAAGCAUUUAAGAGGAAAUAUAGCCUGGAUGAUGCACUGGAAGAUAAAAUUUGUGACCUUUAUGAUCUUUAUAUAGAAGGCUUAGAAGAAGAUGCCGGUCCACAAGUCAGAAAAUUGUACGCUGAGUUAACUGCACUAUGGCCAAGUGGAUUUAUGGAUAAUCAUGGUAUCAAACGUGCCAUAUAUAGAGCUAAAGAUAGGAGAAGAGCUUUAUACAGUCGUCAUAAGGAUCCAGAGAAAAUUAAGAGGAAGAAGAUGUUGGCUCGGAAAACUGAGGCUGCCCGAAUGGAAGCGCAUACUGUUGCUCAGCCAGUAUAUAUACAAGAAAAGUCGGUUGCUGAUUCCAGUGAUCAUGGGACAGUUUUAGUAAAUAGGCCUGCCUCCAGCAAUACGGUGGCUGGUGCUGCUGUAAGAAUGCCAGUUAACUUCUUAAAUGGUUCUAAUGUGGACCGUCCAAAGCAAGAGAAAAUAAAGGGAAGUGCUAGCACCCAUCCUGAUGCAAUUGCGUCUGAAAUUUUACAGUCGAAGAAAAUAAAAAGGAAAUCAGAAACAGAGUUGGGAGAUGCAGCUCAGUUUCGACCAGAGAAGUUGCUUUCUGUUCAGGUAGAUGACAAAAAUAAAUCUCAUAAGGUGCAGGUUGCUGGAUCUCUCCCAAAGUCAAACCCUCAUCCAACUGCUCCUACGAACUUCGAACAGCAUUUUGGAUAGUAGGAUGUCAUAUAAACUAGAGAGCCGCAUUCUAGUUGGAUGUACUUACCAGUAAUACAAUCUUUGAUUUCUUUUUCACCCUCACCCCGUUUUUCUUUUGGUAUUAGUCCUUAUACAGUGGUUCAUUUGAUUAUGAUCCUGAUAUUGUUUUGUAGCUUUUCACAAGAGUUACUAGUGGUCUGUGAAUAUGAUGCAUUCUGGAUAAUGCAGUUCUUCGGUGGAAAAUAUGGACCAGGAAAUGCAGGAAAGAAAAUGUAGGAAAGAGUUCCGUAAUGCAGAACUCUUUGAUAAA